UCCCGGACACGAUGAAACCCACCCAAGAAUCCUCGAAGUCCUUCAGGGACCUGAGAAUCGAAUUCACCGAGAGGUAGAGACUGGAAGCGAGGAUUUCAGACCCGAGAAAGGGAGAUCGCUGAGAUCUUCUCUGCUUCCGAGCACACGCUCAAAACCUUCAGAGAGAUUCUCAUAAACCCUAGCUCCUUCCUCACUGAAGAAUUCGAGCUCGUUCCCAAGCACGAGGUGCACCCACUACUCUUGUAUAUAGGCUAACUUGUACGCUCCCCGCUCGGGGGAAGCUCGCUGCUUCAGGCGGAUGAUCCAUCAUCAGGAGCGGCGCUUUGGGUUGUCGCGCAAGGAAGCGUAACCCGUUGUCGCUGUCUGGUGCUGCUUCGCUUUGGAAGAGCUGCGUGAAGCGACGCUGUCAGGCGAAUUCGCGUAGAAAAUGAGUCCAGUUCAGAAUUUCGAGCAGCAUUCUCGCCAUUUGGUGGACCCUGAUCUACCCAUUCAGACGAGGCUAGUGAUGGCUGUGGAGGUACGCGACAGUCUGGAGAUAGCCCAUACUGCAGAAUAUUUAAAUUUCCUAAAAUGCUACUUCAGGGCAUUCUCUUUAAUUUUACUGCAAAUCACAAAGCCUCAGUUUACUGAUAACCCGGAGCACAAGCUUCGAAAUAUCAUCGUGGAAAUCCUGAACCGCCUACCUCAUAGUGAAGUCCUACGCCCAUUUGUUCAGGACCUUCUAAAGGUCGCCAUGCAAGUUCUCACGACCGAUAAUGAAGAGAAUGGCCUAAUUUGUAUACGCAUUAUAUUUGACUUGUUAAGAAACUUCAGACCAACAUUGGAGAACGAGGUGCAACCAUUUCUCGACUUCGUAUGCAAGAUUUACCAGAACUUCAGAUCAACUGUCAGCCACUUUUUUGAAAGUGGAGCAUUAGGUGGUGAAGAUGUCAAGCCAAUGGAGACUGGCUCUUCAGAUCAUGGCAUUUCUACAGGUGCAUAUGGGGGGACUGGGCAGCUGAAUCCAAGUACUAGGUCAUUCAAGAUAGUCACAGAAAGUCCACUUGUGGUCAUGUUUCUAUUCCAGCUGUACAGUCGGCUUGUUCAAACGAACAUUCCUCAUUUGUUGCCUCUGAUGGUAGCUGCCAUAUCUGUUCCUGGACCGGAAAAGGUUCUCCCCCAUUUGAAAACUCAGUUCAUUGAGCUGAAGGGUGCUCAGGUUAAGACGGUCUCUUUCUUGACUUAUUUGUUAAAGAGCUGCACUGAUUACAUCAGGCCCCACGAAGAAAGCAUUUGUAGAAGUAUAGUCAAUCUGCUGGUUACCUGCUCUGAUUCUGUAACGAUAAGAAGGGAAUUGUUGGUGGCGCUGAAGCAUGUACUGGGAACAGAUUUCAAGCGGGGAUUAUUUCCUUUGAUUGACAAAUUACUGGAUGAAAGUGUGCUAGUAGGACCUGGUCGGGCAUGCUUUGAGACCUUGAGGCCAUUGGCUUACAGUCUGUUAGCGGAGAUAGUACAUCAUGUUCGGUCGGAUCUUACUUUGACACAGUUAUCAAGGAUCAUAUACUUAUUUUCAAGCAACAUGCAUGAUGCUUCGCUGUCGCUUAACAUUCACACGACUUGUGCUCGCUUGAUGUUGAAUCUGGUGGAGCCCAUCUUUGAGAAAGGUGUUGAUCAGCCAUCUAUGGAUGAAGCCCGGAAUCUACUGGGUCGAAUUUUGGAUGCUUUUGUUGGGAAGUUUAGCACUUUCAAGCGUACCAUUCCACAGCUGUUGGAAGAAGGAGAAGAUGGAAAGGAGCGAGCUACUUUGAGGGCAAAACUUGAACUUCCAGUGCAGGCAGUUUUGAACAUGCAGGUCCCUCUGGAACAUGCUAAAGAAGUCAAUGAUUGUAAGCAUCUGAUCAAGACAUUGGUUAUGGGAAUGAAGACAAUCAUUUGGAGCAUCACGCAUGCACACAUCCCCCGUCCGCAGACUGUUGGAUCAGCUUCGUCUAGUUUACCAGCACCUCAAGUAUUUAAAGGGAUGCGUGAGGAUGAGGUUUGCAAAGCUGCGGGUGUUCUGAAGAGUGGUGUUCAUUGCUUAGCCCUCUUCAAAGAGAAGGAGGAGGAAAGAGAGAUGAUGCAUCUAUUUUCUCAGAUUUUGUCAAUCAUGGAACCACGGGAUCUUAUGGACAUGUUCUCUUUAUGCAUGCCAGAGCUUUUUGACUGCAUGAUUUCAAACACUCAAUUGGUUCUUAUUUUCUCCACCCUCCUGCAAGCCAGUAAAGUAUAUAAACCAUUUGCGGACGUGCUCAUUAAUUUUCUUGUGAGCAGCAAACUUGACGUCUUGAAGCAUCCAGAAUCUCCGGCAGCAAAGCUGGUGUUGCAGCUCUUUGGGUUUAUAUUUAGGGCUAUUACCAAAUCUCCUUCAGAUUUUGAAAGAAUUUUGCAGCCUCACGUCCCUGUUAUUAUGGAAAUUUGCAUGAAAAAUGCUACUGAAGUUGAAAAGCCUCUUGGUUACAUGCAACUUCUUCGAAUGAUGUUUCGAGCACUUUCUGUCUGCAAAUUUGAGCUCCUACUUCGGGAGUUGAUUCCCAUGUUGCUCCCCUGCCUAAACAUGCUUUUAACCAUGCUUGAGGGUCCGACUGGAGAAGACAUGAGGGAGCUAUUGCUGGAGUUGUGCCUAUCGUUGCCUGCACGAUUAAGCUCAUUAUUGCCUCACUUGCCCCGUCUCAUGAAGCCUCUUGUCUUGUGUCUGAGGGGAAGUGAUGAACUGGUGAGUUUAGGUCUGAGAACACUUGAGUUCUGGGUUGAUAGCUUAAAUCCCGAUUUCCUGGAACCAAGUAUGGCUAAUGUCAUGUCGGAAGUGAUUUUAGCCCUAUGGGGCCACUUGAGACCUGCGCCAUAUCCGUGGGGUGGAAAAUCUUUGCAACUUCUUGGCAAGUUAGGUGGUCGCAACAGACGCUUUCUCAAAGAGCCCCUUGCACUUGACUGCAAGGAGAAUCCUGAACAUGGACUUCGCUUGAUACUUACAUUUGAGCCCUCAACCCCAUUUCUGGUGCCUUUGGAUCGAUUCAUAAAUCUUGCUAUAGCAGCUGUAAUGCACAAAAAUGGUGGCAUUGAUGCUUUCUACCGGAAACAGGCAUUGAGGUUCCUUCGUGUUUGCUUAUUAUCUCAACUUAAUUUGCCGGGAAAUGUUAUGGAUGAAGGAUAUACUCCCAAGCAGUUGUCCACUAUAUUGGUUUCGAACGGUGAUGCUUCUUGGCGACGGUCCGAGUCCUCAGAUGUAAAGGCAGAUUUGGGUGUGAAGACAAAGACUCAACUCAUGGCUGAAAAAUCUGUUUUCAAGGUGCUGUUAAUGACUGUUAUUGCAGCCAGUGCGGAACCAGACCUUGUAGAGCCAAAGGAUGAUUUCAUUGUUAAUAUAUGUCGUCACUUUGCAAUGAUCUUUCAUAUCGAGAAUUCAUCAGGCAACACCUCUCAUGCAACUCCUGCUGUUGGCGGCCCUAUUCUUUCAUCAAGUGCCAAUGUCAGCGGAAGGUCAAAAAAUAGAAGUUCCAAUUUGAAAGAAUUGGACCCUUUAAUAUUUUUGGACGCCUUAGUUGAUGUGCUUGCAGAUGAGAAUAGGUUUCACGCAAAGGCUGCCCUUAGCGCCUUAAACGUAUUUGCUGAAAUGCUUCUUUUCCUUGCUCGUUCGAAACAUUCUGAUGCAUUUAUGUCAAGAGGAGGCCCCAGCACACCUAUGAUUGUCUCGAGUCCCUCCAUGAAUCCUGUAUAUUCACCGCCACCAAGUGUUAGGGUCCCUGUGUUCGAGCAACUUCUGCCCCGUCUUUUGCACUGUUGUUAUGGAAAUAUGUGGCAAGCACAAAUGGGUGGUGUGAUGGGCCUUGGUGCUCUAGUUGGUAAGGUCACCGUUGAGACAUUGUGCUUUUUCCAAGUGAAAAUUGUGAGGGGCCUGGUGUAUGUUCUAAAAAGACUUCCUGCUUAUGCUACUAAAGAGCAGGAAGAGACAAGUCAAGUGCUUACACAGGUUCUUCGUGUGGUGAAUAAUGUUGAUGAAGCAAACAGUGAAACACGCAAGCAAAGUUUUCAAGGGGCAGUUGAAUUUCUUGCUUCAGAGUUGUUCAAUUCCAAUGCAUCCAUUAGCGUGAGGAAAAAUGUGCAGACGUGUUUAGCACUUUUGGCUAGUCGAACGGGUAGUGAGGUGUCUGAGCUGCUUGAGCCACUAUACCAACCUUUGCUUCAGCCUCUCAUAAUGCGGCCACUUCGAUCCAAGACCAUUGAUCAACAGGUUGGCACGGUCACUGCUUUGAAUUUCUGCCUAGCUUUGAGGCCUCCGCUCCUUAAGUUGACUCCAGAACUAGUCAAUUUUCUUCAAGAAGCUCUGCAAACUGCUGAGGCUGAUGAAAAUGUGUGGGUUGUGAAAUAUAUGAACCCAAAAGUUGCUACAUCAUUGAACAAACUACGAACUGCUUGCAUUGAGCUACUCUGUACUACGAUGGCCUGGGCAGAUUUUAAAACUCCAAAUCAUUCAGAGCUGCGUGCUAAGAUCAUAUCAAUGUUCUUCAAGUCCUUGACGUGCAGAACUCCUGAGAUUGUUGCAGUUGCGAAGGAAGGUCUUCGACAGGUCAUAAAUCAGCAAAGGAUGCCCAAAGAACUUCUUCAAAGCAGCCUCAGGCCUAUUUUAGUCAAUUUGGCGCAUACCAAGAAUCUUAGCAUGCCUCUUUUGCAAGGUUUGGCCCGGCUUCUUGAGCUCCUAUCCAACUGGUUCAAUGUAACUUUGGGUGGCAAGUUGUUGGAGCACCUAAAGAAAUGGCUGGAACCUGAAAAACUCGCACAAAGCCAGAAAUCAUGGAAGGCUGGUGAAGAACCAAAAAUCGCUUCAGCCAUAAUUGAACUUUUUCACCUGCUUCCCAAUGCCGCUGCAAAGUUCCUUGAUGAACUUGUGACCUUGACAAUUGAGUUGGAAGGCGCUCUUCCUUUGGGACAAGUUUAUAGUGAAAUCAAUAGUCCAUAUCGACUUCCACUGACGAAAUUUCUGAAUAAAUAUGCAACGCAAGCCGUAGACUAUUUUCUUGCUCGAUUAAGUCGACCAAAAUACUUCAGGCGGUUUAUGUACAUCAUUCGAUCAGAUGCUGGCCAGCCAUUAAGAGAUGAACUGGCCAAGUCACCGAAUAAAAUACUCACCAGUGCUUUUCCUGAAUUUAUGCCCAAACCUGAAGCUACUGUGACUGCUGGAUCUUCAACUGCUACUCCUGUGUCUUUGAGUGAUGAAGUCCUUUCUUCUGUCCCUCCACCUGAUAGUUCUAGCUUGCCUUCAUCGAACUCCGCUGCAACUUCAGAUGGGUACUUUCAGGGCCUUGCUCUUGUAAAAACAAUGGUUAAGUUGAUUCCUGGCUGGCUGCAGAGUAAUAGUAUUGUCUUUGAGACUCUUGUACUUCUUUGGAAAUCACCUGCAAGAAUAACCCGAUUGCGCAAUGAACAGGAACUGGACUUGGUGCAAGUGAAGGAAAGCAAAUGGCUUGUCAAGUGCUUUCUAAAUUACUUACGGCAUGGUAAACCUGAAUUAAGUGUUCUCUUCGAUAUCCUCACCAUAUUCUUAUACCAUAGUCGUAUAGACUACACUUUCUUGAAGGAAUUUUACAUUAUCGAGGUUGCAGAAGGUUACCAACCCAGCAUGAAAAAGUCAAUUCUUUUGCAUUUUCUCAACCUUUUUCAAUCUAAGCAGCUUAAUCAUGAUCAUUUGGUGAUUGUGAUGCAAAUGCUUAUUCUACCCAUGCUUGCUCAUGCUUUUCAAAAUAAUCAGAGUUGGGAAGUAGUUGAUCCAACCAUCGUGAAGACCAUUGUUGACAAGCUUCUUGAUCCUCCAGAGGAGGUUUCUGCCGAAUACGAUGAGCCGUUAAGGAUAGAGCUUCUACAGCUUGCGACUUUGCUUCUUAAAUAUCUCCAGAAUGAUCUUGUCCAACACAGGAAAGAACUUAUCAAGUUCGGUUGGAAUCAUCUAAAACGUGAAGAUAGUGCCAGUAAGCAGUGGGCAUUUGUCAAUGUUUGCCAUUUCUUAGAGGCGUACCAGGCCCCAGAAAAGAUAAUUCUGCAGGUUUUUGUUGCACUUCUUAGAACAUGCCAGCCAGAAAAUAAGAUGUUGGUUAAGCAGGCACUUGACAUUUUGAUGCCUGCAUUGCCGCGGAGGUUACCCCUUGGGGAUUCGCGUAUGCCAAUUUGGAUAAGAUACACAAAAAAGAUUCUUGUAGAGGAAGGUCACUCUGUCCCUAACCUAAUUCAUAUAUUUCAACUCAUUGUACGCCAUUCAGAUCUCUUCUACAGCUGCAGAGCGCAAUUUGUGCCUCAAAUGGUAAACUCUCUCAGUCGACUUGGAUUACCGUACAAUACCACGGCUGAAAACAGGCGUCUAGCCAUUGAACUAGCUGGAUUGGUGGUUGGUUGGGAAAGGCAAAGACAAAAUGAAAUGAAAGUAGCUGCUGAUGCUGAUGUCCCUGGUCAAAACUCUGAUGGAUUUGGUACUUUGUCCGCUGGAGCUGAUCCCAAGCGCUCUGUAGAUGGGUCUACUUUUUCUGAAGACCCUAGUAAGAGAGUUAAAGUUGAGCCAGGUCUGCAGUCACUCUGUGUCAUGUCACCAGGGGGUGCCUCGUCGAUCUCUAAUAUUGAAACUCCAGGAUCUGGUGGCCAGCCUGAUGAAGAAUUCAAGCCUAAUGCUGCUAUGGAAGAAAUGAUAAUCAAUUUUCUCAUAAGGGUUGCUUUAGUCAUAGAGCCCAAGGACAAGGAAGCAAGCAGUAUGUACAAACAAGCUUUAGAUCUCCUUUCACAAGCUUUGGAAGUGUGGCCAAAUGCCAAUGUUAAAUUUAACUAUUUAGAGAAACUUUUGAGUAGUAUUCAACCUUCCCAAUCGAAAGAUCCUUCCACUGCUCUGGCUCAAGGCUUGGACGUCAUGAACAAGGUCUUGGAGAAGCAGCCCCAUUUAUUCAUCAGAAAUAACAUCAACCAAAUUUCACAAAUUCUUGAGCCGUGUUUCAAAUACAAAAUGCUGGACGCAGGGAAGUCAUUAUGCAAUCUAUUCAAGAUGGUCUCUAUUGCUUUUCCAUUAGACGCAGCUACAACGCCCCCGGAAGUGAAGAUGUUAUACCAGAAGGUCGAUGAACUGAUACAGAAGCAUAUUAAUGCAGUCACUUCCACCCAGGCAUCUGUUGAAGAUGGCUCUAUUACUAUCAGCUUUGUGUUGCUUGUCAUUAAAACAUUAACCGAAGUGCACAAAAACUUUGUUGAUUCCCUUAUCUUAGUUCGUAUUUUGCAAAAAUUGGCGCGGGACAUGGGUUCAUCUGUAGGGUCUCAUUUAAGACAGGGUCAGAGGACCGAUGCAGAUUCAGCAGUUACUUCUUCACGCCAAGGUGCUGAUAUUGGGGCCGUUGUGACAAAUCUGAAGGCUGUUUUGAAACUUAUUAAUGAAAGGGUCAUGCUUGUUCCCGAGUGCAAACGAUUAAUAAUUCAGACAUUGAAUGGCUUACUGUCAGAGAAAGGUGCUGAUCCUAGUGUGCUACUUGGUAUACUUGAUGUGAUCAAGGGGUGGAUUGAGGAUUACUUCACCAAGCCUGGUGCAACUGCUUCAUCAUGUGCUUUUCUCUCCACAAAAGAAAUAGUUAAUUUCCUUCAGAAGCUCUCUCAGGUCGAUAAGCAAAACUUUCCUCCCAGUGCCUUGGAAGAGUGGGAUAGUAAAUAUCUUCUAAUUCUUUAUGGAAUUUGUUCUGAUGAGACAAAAUUUCCACUCACCCUACGGCAGGAGGUGUUUCAGAAGGUAGAAAGACAAUACAUGCUUGGCCUAAGAGCAACAGAUCCUGAAAUGAGGAAUAAGUUCUUUUCUCUUUACAAUGCCUCUCUUACAAAAACAUUGUUCGCAAGGUUGCAAUACAUUAUCCAGUUGCAGGACUGGGAAGCUUUGGGUGAUGUCUUCUGGCUCAAACAAGGGCUUGAUCUUCUUCUGGCAGUAUUAGUAGUAGAUAAACCUAUUACACUGGCUUCAAAUUCUGCCAGGGUGCCAGCACUUGUGUCUUCAGGUUCUUCUGAUGGUUCACUGCCACAGGCACAGGCUAUUGAUCUGCCAGAGGGCCCUGAGGAAGCUCCUCUAACAUUUGAAGGCCUUGUUCUCAAGCAUGCAAAGUUUCUCAAUGAUAUGAGCAGACUUCAGGUGGCUGAUCUGCUUGUGCCUCUUAGAGAGCUAGCCCACACUGAUGCCAAUGUUGCAUACCAUUUGUGGGUGCUGGUGUUUCCAAUUGUCUGGGUCACCUUGCUCAAGGAUGAACAGAUAGCCCUGGCUAAACCAAUGAUUACUCUCCUAUCGAAGGAUUAUCAUAAAAAGCAACAAGCAAACAGACCAAAUGUUGUGCAAGCACUUUUGGAGGGUCUUCAGUUGAGCCACCCUCAACCUCGCAUGCCUAGUGAGCUAAUCAAAUAUAUUGGAAAAACAUAUAAUGCAUGGCAUAUUGCGUUGGCUCUGCUUGAAAGUCAUGUUGUGUUGUUCAUGAAUGAUACAAAAUGCUCUGAAUCUUUGGCGGAGCUUUAUCGAUUGCUCAAUGAGGAAGAUAUGAGGUGUGGUUUGUGGAAGAAGAAGUCAGUCACCGGAGAGACUAAGGCGGGGCUAUCACUGGUUCAACAUGGAUAUUGGCAACGUGCUCAAAGCCUGUUUUAUCAAGCAAUGGUUAAGGCUACUCAAGGUACUUAUAAUAACACCGUACCAAAGGCAGAAAUGUGUCUCUGGGAAGAGCAAUGGCUUUAUUGCGCUACCCAGCUUAGUCAGUGGGAGGCAUUGGUGGACUUUGGCAAGAGUGUUGAGAACUACGACAUACUUCUCGACAGUCUUUGGAAGUUACCUGAUUGGGGAUACUUGAAGGAUCAUGUAAUUCCUAAAGCGCAAGUUGAGGAAUCCCCGAAACUUCGUCUAAUCCAAGCAUUUUUUGCUCUUCAUGAGAGAAAUACAAAUGGUGUGCAAGAUGCUGAAAACAUUGUGGCGAAGGGAGUUGAUCUUGCAUUAGAACAGUGGUGGCAGUUACCUGAAAUGUCUGUUCAUGCAAGGGUUCCUCUUCUUCAGCAAUUUCAGCAGCUAGUUGAAGUUCAGGAGUCUGCCAGAAUUUAUGUGGACAUUGCUAAUGGAAACAAGCAUUCAGGCAAUUCUGUUGUUGGAGCACAUGGUAAUAUGUAUGCAGAUUUGAAAGACAUUUUGGAGACCUGGAGACUACGAACACCGAAUGAAUGGGAUAACAUGUCUAUUUGGUAUGACCUACUUCAGUGGAGGAAUGAAAUGUAUAAUGUUGUUAUAGAUGCAUUUAAGGAUUUUGGCAACACGAAUUCUCAACUACAUCACCUUGGCUACCGUGACAAAGCAUGGAAUGUCAAUAAACUUGCUCACAUAGCUCGUAAGCAAGGACUUUACGAUGUUUGCGUCACAGUACUUGACAAGAUGUAUGGCCAUUCAACCAUGGAAGUUCAGGAGGCAUUUGUUAAGAUAAGAGAACAGGCAAAAGCUUAUCUGGAGAUGAAGGGAGAGCUCACUAGUGGUUUCAAUUUGACAAGCAGUACCAAUCUGGAGUAUUUUUCUCCAAAACAUAAAGCUGAAAUCUUUCGUCUCAAGGGAGAUUUUCUGUUAAAGUUAAAUGAUUCUGAAGCCGCUAACGUUGCAUAUUCCAAUGCCAUCUCCCUCUUCAAAAAUCUUCCAAAAGGAUGGAUAAGCUGGGGAAAUUAUUGUGACAUGGCUUACAGAGAGACUCAUGAUGAAAUUUGGCUUGAGUAUGCAGUCAGUUGCUUUCUUCAGGGUAUCAGGUUUGGUGUGUCCAACUCUAGAAGUCACUUGGCUCGUGUUUUAUAUCUCCUUAGUUUUGACACUCCCAACGAGCCUGUCGGUAGGGCGUUUGAUAAGUAUUUGGACCAAAUUCCCCAUUGGGUUUGGCUUUCAUGGAUUCCACAGCUGCUACUCUCCUUGCAGAGGACAGAAGCACCUCAUUGCAAACUUGUCCUGCUAAAGAUUGCCACAGUCUAUCCACAGGCUCUUUACUACUGGCUUCGCACAUAUUUACUGGAGAGGCGCGAUGUGGCCAAUAAAUCUGAACUGAGCCGAAUGGCAAUUGCUCAACAAAGGCAGCAAAAUGCCUCUGUGCCUAGUGCUGGUUCUCUUGGCUUGGUUGAUGGACAUGCUCGGGUUCAGAGCCAUGGCGGGAGUACCUUAGCCUCCGAAAAUCAAGUCCAUCAAGGUCCUCAAUCUACUGGAGUUGGGCCUCAUGAAGGUGGAAAUCAUCCACAAGAAUCUGAAAGAUCUGCAGUAACUGAAAGCAGCAUUCACAUGGGAAACGACCAACCUAUGCACCAAGGUUCUUCAAACAUAAAUGAUGGUAGUCAGACUGCUUUUAGGCGUAAUAGUGCUUUGGGUUUGGUAGCUUCUGCUGCCAGCGCAUUUGAUGCUGCCAAAGAUAUAAUGGAGGCUCUUAGAAGCAAGCACACUAAUCUUGCCAGUGAACUUGAGAUUCUGCUUACAGAGAUUGGUUCAAGGUUUGUUACUUUGCCAGAAGAGAGACUACUUGCUGUAGUUAAUGCACUACUUCAUCGCUGCUAUAAGUAUCCCACCGCCACUACCGCCGAGGUUCCCCAGUCUCUCAAGAAGGAGCUUUCUGGAGUAUGCAAGGCUUGCUUUUCAGCUGAUGCUGUGACUAAGCAUGUUGAAUUUGUGAAAGAGUACAAGCAAGAAUUUGAGCGGGACCUUGAUCCAGAAAGCACAGCCACUUUCCCAGCAACCCUUGCAGAUUUGACUGAGCGUCUGAAACAUUGGAAAAACGUUCUCCAGAGCAAUGUCGAGGACAGGUUUCCAGCUGUCUUGAAAUUGGAAGAAGAAAGCAGGGUUUUGCGUGAUUUCCACGUCGUUGAUGUUGAGGUUCCGGGGCAGUAUUUCAGUGAUCAGGAAAUUGCGCCCGAUCACACUGUCAAGUUAGACAGAGUCGGAGCUGAUAUUCCGACUGUGCGAAGGCAUGGAAGCAGUUUCCGGCGUUUGACUUUGAUUGGAUCUGAUGGCUCACAAAGGCAUUUUAUUGUUCAGACAUCUCUGACUCCUAAUGCUAGAAGUGAUGAGCGCAUUCUUCAGCUUUUCCGCGUGAUGAACCAGAUGUUUGAUAAGCAUAAGGAGUCAAGGAGACGCCACAUAUACAUUCACACGCCGAUCAUCAUUCCUGUUUGGUCCCAGGUUCGAAUGGUAGAAGAUGAUGUGAUGUAUAACACCUUUCUUGAGGUUUAUGAGAACCAUUGCGCAAGGAAUGACAGAGAGGCUGAUCUCCCUAUUACCUUUUUUAAAGAGCAGUUAAACCAAGCCAUAUCUGGCCAAGUAUCUCCAGAAGCUGUUGUAGAUCUGCGACUUCAAGCUUAUAAUGAUAUAAUGAAAAAUGUUGUAAAUGACAACAUCUUUUCCCAGUACAUGUACAAAACUCUGCUGAAUGGCAAUCAUAUGUGGGCAUUCAAAAAGCAAUUUGCCGUCCAGCUGGCCCUUUCAAGUUUCAUGUCCUUCAUGCUACAAAUUGGGGGAAGGUCUCCCAAUAAGAUUCUGUUCGCUAAAAACACUGGGAAAAUAUUUCAGACUGAUUUUCAUCCAGCCUACGAUGCGAAUGGGAUGAUCGAGUUCAGCGAGCCUGUACCUUUCCGUUUAACGAGGAAUAUGCAGGCCUUCUUCUCAAACUUUGGCGUUGAAGGUCUCAUCGUUUCUGCAAUGUGCGCUGCGGCACAGGCUGUGAUAUCACCUAAGCAAAGUCAGCACUUGUGGCAUCAAUUAGCAAUGUUCUUCCGCGAUGAGCUGCUGUCUUGGUCUUGGAGAAGACCACUGGGCAUACCCUUGGCGGCAAUGGCUGCUGGUGGUAGCUUAAACCCAAUUGACUUCAAACAUAAGAUUACUACCAAUGUUGAGAAUGUUAUUGGCCGGAUCAACGGGAUAGCGCCACAGUCAUACUCUGAAGAGGAUGAGAAUCCAAUGGAUCCACCGCAAUCGGUGCAAAGGGGCGUCACCGAACUGGUCGAAGCUGCUUUGACUCCGAGGAACUUGUGCAUGAUGGAUCCAACGUGGCAUCCGUGGUUUUGAGUUGUAGCUAACAUAAUGGAGAAACUAAGACUGUACAUCACCAUGGGGGCAGGCGAUUACGAAUUUAGGGUGUAAAUUAUGUUAUACAGAUAGCGUUGAUCAGUUUGCACAUCCCUUGCAGCUGAGGUUUGGAUACUAACUUUUGACACCAUUGUGAGCUAUAAUUUGAUGAUGCAAAGUCGUAACUUUCUUACUGGGCUCA